AUGAGCAAACCAUAUAGUACGAUGAAAGGGCAUAAGCAAGUGAGCCCUUUUGGAAACACUGUCUAUAUAAAAGGUCUUCCAGGCCCCCCAGGUGAGCGAGGCCAACCAGGACCACGAGGAGAAGAUGGCCGCUCAGGCGAACCUGGGGCUCAAGGGGAAGUUGGAUCUCCCGGUGCAAUUGGUGCUAAGGGUCCAAAGGGAAGUGUUGGAACCCUUGGGCAAGGUGGACAACCUGGCCGAGAUGGAGAACCAGGCAGUCCGGGGCCAUUCGGGGAGAGAGGACCCACAGGACCAAGAGGUCCAAUGGGAUUGCAGGGAAUGAAGGGGGUCAAGGGGAAUAAAGGUUCAAAGGGCGAGAUUGGAUCACUAGGAAAGGAUGGGAGCGCCGUAAGCUAA